CCGCGCCGAGUGAGGCGUUACUUCUUUUCCAUUUAAAAACGAAUGCCGCUCGUUUCUGCUAAACUAUUAAACUAUUCUGUGUUUUUGGUACAUACAUAUUAUUCAGGUCAGAGUUGUAUUAAGAAAAAAGCGGCAUCAUUUUCAAGAUCAUGUCCCCGAAGAAAUUGUGAGGGAUAUUUUAAUUGUGUUUACUGUGUUACCUACUGCAAGAUAAGUGGAAGAAGCUCAAACCAGCCGCGACAAAUCCACGUGAUUGACAGAAAUUCACCAACCAGUGGACAGAAAUGAGCUAUUCCAAUCCCGAUUCAAAGGGUCUUGACCCGGCCGUGCUGAGAGACCGGCUUUUCGAACACUGGCGCAGAAACGAUCUGCAGACGUUCCAUUUGGAAGCGCAGGAGGGAUUUUCAGAGCUGAACGAACCCCUCGACGCCUUCCUAACGAUCUUAGAAGGCUCUCCGACAAAACAGAAGGCCAGGGGCCACACACUGGUGGCACUGGUAUUCAAGGAAUUCCAGAGAUGGCUUCGGGAACACCCGCAGGUUUCGUUGACUUCACUUCCAGAGCAGCAAGCGACGGCCCUCAAGCAUCGUGCGCUUUCCCUUCUUAGCGACACUCAGACUAACUUUGUGGAAGGUAUCAUAAAUAUCUACCAACUGACCUCCCUGGACCCAGCUACCCUGCGACUGCACAUCAUGAAGUUGCUGGCCCUCAAAUACCACAAGGAGGCGGCAGUGCUCGGUAUGAGGCUGAAUUUGCAGAAUGAACUCAAUGUGGAGGAGGUAUGCGUGCCGCUCAUCUUUCAGGAUAAGUUGUCCCUAGCUGAGAGCUUUGUCAAGGGACACGUUCAUCUACAACAGCAACUGGUCUCUCUACUGGACUCGUGGUGCCACCCCGACUUCUCGGUGAAAGACAUGAUGAGCAAGCGCUUUCCUCACCUUCCCAUGUCCAGACAAAGUCUCGCUCAUAUCCAGCCCAAAAUGCUGACCAAACAUGUAUUUCGGCUUGCGGAGAAAUUCCACGUUGACCAACGGUUGUGUCCCAACGCCUUACGCAAGAGGAGACGGGAUACACUUCGGUUCCUCAUGUUCAAGAGAUUUGUAGAGAAAAGCAUGACAGAGGAGAAUUGGAGUGAUCACGUUCAGACCGUACUGGCGGAUGACCUUGAGCUCCAAAUUCUGUUGGUGGAGAUGUUGCUGAACUACGGCGGACUUGAAAAAGCAGCUCAAUGGUCACGGAGAUACAGCCUUCCCCGGCACAGACUGCCUUAUGGAGUCUGGAAUGCCCAGCGGAGUUUAUCACCCGAGUUACAAUACCCGAGCAAUUUGACAGGCAAUGAGGAGUGGAUGCCAUCCGGGCCUGACGGUGAGAAAUUCUACCAGGUACCUCUCGCCAAAGAGAAUGUUCAGCAUGUGGACACCCCGGAAGCACUUCAAAGUUGUCGUGACAUUCUCCUCAAGGAAGGUGUUGUAGUAGGAGUUGAUAUGGAGUGGCAACCCACAUUUGGCUGUGUCUCCACGGCGCAGAAACUUGCCCUGAUACAGCUGGCUACUUUUGACGCCGUUUUCCUAAUAGACCUGUGCGCAAAUGGAUUUUGUCAACAUCCAGAGACAAUUACGUUCAUUCGAAGUUUAUUCUCUCGACAAAAUGUCCUUAAAGUGGGUUACGGCAUGGCUGGAGAUCUCAAGUGUCUCAUGUGCACCUGGCCCCAAUUAGUGGAGGAGCCAUUGAAAAUAGAAGGGAUGCUGGAUCUUCUUAAUGUACACCGAAAGAUCCAGUGUAGCAAGGUGAAGAGUUCCCGGCGCGGCCCGAGAGAGGUGCUGGUCGGAGAGGACUCGUCGGAGAAAGGCCUUAGUCUGUUAGUGCAACAGGUCCUGGGAAAGGCCCUGGACAAGACGGAGCAAAUGUCCAACUGGGAGAAGCGGCCUCUGCGCGUUAGCCAAAUCAGAUAUGCAGCGACCGAUGCUUACUGUUUAUUGGAUGUAUAUUCUGCCCUCUCUGUUAACCCGACCGACUUCGGCCUUCCGAGUGAUCUACGCGCCAUCUCGAUAAGACAAGAUGAGAAGAAUGGCGUUUCGAAGCAGAAGGAAAAAAAUAACAAGAAAAUGAAAGAGGAAUGUCAGGGGGCUCAAUGGGUCGGUCCCCCUCGCUCCGGCCUCCUGCGCGGUGGCAAGGAUAGCCCCGAAGACCCCCCUCUGGCCCCCCAGCAGUUGCGGGUCGUGUGUGACAACAUGCUGCAAGGCCUCGGGAGGUACUUGCGCUGUUUAGGAGUCGAUGUGGUGAUUUUGGAGAAUACUGACGACCACAGAAUAGCCGCAAAGUUAGCACAAGAUGAGUAUCGUAUUAUACUCACAUGUGGACAACCGUACCAGACUUUGAGGUCUCAGGUGGGCGAAGGCCGCUGUCUGUCCCUGGACUGCUCGGAAAAAGCCCGAGACCAAGCUAUUCGAGUGCUCAAACACUUCAAUGUCCGGCCAACUACUUGUGAUGUAUUUAGCCGCUGCCAGAAUGCUGAUUCUGCCACAUUGGAGGCUUCUGGAGCAUGAAUCAACCUAUUAAGGUCAUUCCACAGCAUCUCAAUAGGAUUCAGUACGGUAUGUCAUUUUUCAUGACCUCCUCUGACAUCAUAAUGUUGGUUAGUGCUCAAGUCAUCGUGGAAAUGUGAAUAUCCAUGAAGGCGUCAUUAAUGUCGGAACUCCGAUUUGAAAAACGACCCAAAAAAACAACUUGUAUUCGAUGGUCUUUGCACUAUGCGAGGGAACAUUCAUACAUUUUACCAGUGUCCCACUGCCCUUGCCUUCAAGAGAUAACAGCGAGCGAUAGAAAGAAAAAAGACGCUUCAAAAAGGGUGGGGGGAGGGGAGGGCAUUCCAUAGGCACGCCAAAACAUUCCGAGGAAACCAUCCCAAAUAUUUCCCACUGUGUGUGGUGAGCACUUGGCGUCUCCUGUUACACAUGCUCUCUUAGGGCUUGAGAAAGUGCGCACAUGCACUAGACUAGUGGUGAUUUUCUACAUCUGAAAUUUCCUAGUUAGAUGACAUCUGUGUUUGACUAGAGCCAACAUAAUUGGCCCACUAAUAUGUAUUGUUCACGUCCUGCUCAGACACUACUGACUUCAUGUAACAAUUCAUCCAGUGCACGAAACAGGAUCAUGAAUAGAAUAAGUAGCUUUUCUUAUUAAUAAAGCAAUGUUCUGUCAUCAUCAUAUUGAAGUAUUAGUUUUGGUAAAAAUCAAACCGCAAUUUUCAAUGUCUGACAAAUACAGUGUAUAGAAAUUCAUGAGUGUAAAUCAUCUUAUUGAAUUACUCCUUUAUCCUUUCUGUCAAUCUGUUUUUCCAUUUGACUGUUACAUAUUUAUGGACUAAAAGUUUUGUUGUUGUUCUUGUGUUUUUUUUUUUUGAAUAAAAAAAUAGUUACUGUACUGGUAAUGAAAUCGUUGCUGUAUUCUUUGCGCUGUACUAUUGAUAAAGACUAUUACAUUACAUUUAUUUGAUCAUGUUAAAGAUAUUAACUAUGCAAAAAGUAAUUUUUGAGAAAGAUGCAAAUACUUUGUCAUUGCAAUGUACGUCAUAGUAAAUGAUGUAAACUUUCUUGAAAAAACUUGUGGUUAAGAUCCUCAUCGUGAUUUUUUUAUUGUUUUGAAAUCCUGCACUUAGUUUUGCACAGUCUGAUGACGUGCAACGCUGUUCGUAAUCGUUCUUCAUUCAUCGAGGAACGCUUUCUCAGACGAUCCGAUGUAUUGUGUUUGGAUUCGUCGAUGCCUACUGACGUAGAAGCCUCUCGUGGUCCGUGCUACAAAAUGAGACCAUAUCUUUUGAUCGUUCAAUAUACUCUUCCUUUAGGCUGCCCGAAAUGACCUUUCUUCCUCCCCAUCCGACCCCGGUCUCCCGGCCCCUGCCUCGCUUCUCCGCUCCCACACUCAGAUUCUCACUCUCCGUUUCAGUUUAGCCGAGGCGAGGAAUCCGGUGCAGCCGGCGGCUGGAAUGUCCUGUUUGUCUUGCUCUGUUUGUGUAUACGUAUGUAUGCGUGCGUGCGUGCGUGCGUGCGUGCGUCGAGUUGGUGAGGCUGGUGGUGGGUUUUGAUGUGUUCCAUUGUCUGGGAGCCAAGCUGCUUCCCGUCACCGAGCCUGAGAGAAUCAGAAAGGGAGGCAGUGAAGGAGAGAGAGAGAGAGUGGAAAAAGAAGGUGAGCUGAAGCUAUGGAUGCAAGAAGGGGGAAAUAACCACUGGCCUAGGGCAUCAUGGGAUCCCGGUGUGAUGAGGCAAGAAGGCUAAAGGGAGUCGGAAAGCAAGGUAGAGAGUUGAGAGCCUAAAAAAGCCUUUUCCCCUCAAUUCAAGGAAGUCAUGCAUCAUUUCCCUUGUUUUUCCACACACACUGACUGAUAAACAAAAAGUACCUUUAACGUAGCAGCUAAUUGUGCCUCUCACCAAAAUAAGAUGAUCUCUACCGACAGAUGCGGUUUGUUGUAUUGGUUUUCGCGUUGCUUGCCAUCAGUCCUACGCAACCACAGAGACUCGAGCCUGAUGACACUUUACUUGGCAAACAUGAACUCACGGUCAAAACUUGGGUGAGUAGGCAGAUAAAAAAGGACAGGCACCACCUAGUAGAAAUGACGGUUGCCCAAAACAUUCAAGAUCAUCCCAAAUUUCCUAGACCUCUGACAAAAGAAAAAUAAUGAUUUAAUUCUAUAAAAAUGACAGCUCACCAAUCCAGCCAUUUUGUGAGGUCAGUUAUACCCAUGCGCAUAAACACUGAUAGACUUGAAGACGGACAGACGGGCGGGCGGGCGCACGGCACAAUGGUCAUUACCGUCUGUCCGCACAAAGGGUUGCCACUUUUUGGAAAUACUGGCUUUUACUUAUGUUUUUCGACAUUAUUAGAUAGUUCAAUAAUGUCCAUGAGAAAUGUAGCCAACUGGGUGAGAUGGUGCUUUUUAUUAUGAUAAAAGCUAGCUGUAACAAUCACAAACACAUUUAAGGUAUUUGAGCUCAGGUUUGCAAUCUUGAUGAGAUUGUGUGUUCGGGUGGGUGGUCUCGCGACAACACGCAUGGAAGUGGUUACGUACGAUGAGGCUAGUUGAUAAGGGAAAAAAUGUUGGAAAAGGAAUUCAAGUAGGUAGAAAAUGACUCGAAUGCCAUUUACUUGCGCAUUGUGUACUUAAUACACUUCCCUGAAGAAGAAAAAAAAUUGGUGGUGCCGUAUAAUCAUUUGACUUGUGCUUUUGUCCACGUGUGAGUGAGUUCCUGGCUGCUAGAGUGGUUUCAACAGGGCAGAGCUAUGCAUUCCUGACCGGCGGUGAUGUCAUGAGAACUAGCUGUGUGCUCGCUCACUCGCAGGCGGGCAGACGGCCCUGUUUAUGUUCCCCUCCUGAGGAGAAACCGCACCGUGCUCGUGUGUCCAUGCAACUGCGCCGUCGGUUCGCGGGGGAAGCCGAGAGGCUCUCGCGAGGGUCUACUUUCUUUUCCCCGCCGCUCGGAGAGAGGGAACCACUUACUGACGCUUGAACGUAAAGAGGAAGUUUCUCAUCUUUUGCAGAGCACAGUAGCCGCGAGGCCCGACUGCUGCCGGAGGGAGAUUUCUCUACUGCAUAAUAAUAAAGUCAUGGCAACAAUAGCGCACAAGAUGCGGAUCCAGUAUCUAUUUUCCCACGGCGACAAUCUCGUCAAAAUGGGUUUCGUGGACAGCUGAUGAGAUUGUCGAAAUGAUCGUGCCGGCACUGUUCUUCUCAAUAUAACACCGGUUUCCGAUUUAGAGAUUUUGCCAUCUCGUCAAAAAUUGUCAUCUUUCCAAAGUCCAAAAAAAUAGCGAGUCGGGUCACAGGAAAAGUCAUCAAACUGCGAGCCUCUCCCCAAAAAGGAUAGUGGCGAUGACUAAAAAUGGAAAUCGUACGAUAAGUAAUGAGUUGUAUAUUGUUUUUUUGUCUACGGUUGUGACCGCCGUUGAUUGCCAUCUUUGCCCGGUGCUGGCUGGCUGGGGACUCCGUAUUCCUUUGACCUGCGUGACGUCAGGAAUGGAUUCGUCGUCGUACAAAUGAUAGUUGUCUUCACAAGACUUUACCAUACCAUACAAAUACGAGUGGCUCGUCACGCGCAUGUGUUUUUGACCGCGCUUUUUACGCACGCAAAUCAACAGACCCGAAUUUGUCGCCACACCGACAGUGGUGUUCACAAGACAAGUUUUUAGAUUGGUUGUCACAUUUAUACAAAUCCAAUACGAACAACUUCGAUUCGAGUCCUAUUUUUAAAAAAAAUGAAACUCACAUUAUAACUUGAGAAAAAUUCUCAGACUCAAGUAUUCACAGCAUAAUACAAAUACUAGUUGUGCAUAUCUUUUAGACAGCGACCUUACGCCAUACAAAUACACCGAUUUUUCACGCCACAAAUGAACAAUUACUCCUCUACGGUGCCAGCUUGAAGCACAAACAUGGUUUCUCAUGUUCUAUACGCUUACUUUUAAAAUUCAACCCAGCGUCUGGGAUUUUUGAAAGUGAUAUGGCACCGAUCUCAUUGUGUAACAAAACAACGGUGCAGUCAAAACAAUGAAAUUAUGCAAAAAUCUUCACUUUGGAGGUGUUUGUAAGACAUUUUUAUUUUGUGGUGGUGAGAGGGGGAAAAAUUAAUCAAAUGAAAUGAAAACACUGCUUUUUCAGGCAUUUUUAACGUGGCCUCACCUCAAUGUAUGUCACGCCAUUCAUCAAGUGGGAUGUUUAGCAACCACUGGUCCCGCGGUGCUGUUCUUUCUUUUCAAUUUACGUUGGUCUUAAAUUUCAUUUCAAAUGUUUUGAAUAGAACUUGCUUAGGCUGUAGGAACACCGGUAUAAUCUCAUAUCAUCAGAAUUAGCAGCUAUUUGCAAGUAGUUGGUAAUGAACACCUGAAUUGGCAAAAAUGAAUGGCGCACUUACCUUUGCAACUGACAGCGGUUACCGCUGAUCCAAUUUACACGAACGGAGCAUCCUCAAGAUGGCUGACGUCGGCUUCAUAUUUCAGAGGUCGUGGGUUUCAAAUCCGGGCUCUGAGCCAGCAUAGGGUUUUUUUUUUCCCCCGGGUACUCCGGUUUCCUGCCAUAUUUGUAAAACACGCAUGGUCUGGUUGAACACUCUAAUUUAUAAAUUGGGAAUAAUCCGACCUUGGAUAAGUGGGAGAAAUUGGAUGCAUGGAUACUUACUAUCUACAGUAUAUAUGCCCUGCGAUUAGCUGGCACCGUUUAAGGCGUACCCCGCCUCCAGCUGAUAGUCCGCUGGGAUAGGCUUCAGCACACCCAGGAACCCAUUGAGGAUAAGGGGUUCCCUCAAAUGGGCUAUAAAAAGGCUCUACAUUCCAUUCUUAUUUCACAUUUGCACUACAGUAUUCAGCAUGGCGUUUUGAAAAAUCUGCGGUUUAAAAAAAAAACAAAAAAAAGUUGCAAUGUCAACCAAUUUUCUCAAUGAAAUGCAAUUGGAAAAAACUUUUAAGAGGCCGAGUAUUUCCCUCCUCAGUUACUGCUGCCGUGUCUGUGGUCACGGUUUAAUGGUUUCCCUUGCGAUAGUGAAAUGUGAUCUUGAGUCUUUGCAGCUCAGUGAAGCAUAGAGCAUUCUCCCACACUCAAGUGGUAGCGCAGCACAGCACAGCAUAGCAAAGCUCUUUUGCAGGCAGAUCUUUCAGUCUGUGCUGCAUAGCAUA